CACAAGACCGAGCCUCAGUUACCCCGCGUUUAUUCGCGUAAACUAGAGCGCUCAUAGCGCUCGGUGACUUUUUUUUUUUCCCCCGUCAAGUUACUCCGUCAAACGAGGGAAGUGACGAGAAAGGGAAGACUCUCGAGGAUCGCGAUCCAGACAGGACUCGCGACCUGGAAGUCCUUCCUGAGUCCAUGCGGAAGCACGUGGCCUAAGGUCAAGUGCAGUCGGAGGGAUGAGCCAAGGUUGUGGAAUUUGUGGGAUUUAUCCCCGAUGGCUACGUGAUCGUGCCACCCCGAAAAAUUUCAUAGCGGUGUACGGCCUCCUCGGCACCGUGCAGGCAAUGGCCUUUAUUUACAUCGUUGUCACCCUCACGACUUUGGAAAAAAGAUUCAAAAUACCUAGUCGUACAACUGGAUUGAUCCUCUCCGGGAACGAAAUCUCGCAAAUCUUGUCUUUGAUAUUAACCUAUUAUGGAGGGUCUGGUCACCGUCCAAGAUGGAUCGCGAUCGGUGUCGGUCUCAGCGCCCUCUCGUGCCUCGUCCUUGCUCUUCCACACUUUCUAUACGGACCGGGACGAGACGCUUUGGCGCUGACCAAGGAAUAUCUCGAUCAAACUUUGCUGAACGCCACCACAGUUCCUCAAGAUUUGGCCAUUUGUCCACGAGUCGUGAAACCGGAUCAUUGCGACGAGGAGACACUGUUGGAUGUCAGCAUUCUACCUCGACUCUUGGUCUUCCUCUCCCAAUUUAUCCUUGGAAUUGGUACCACUUUGUAUUACGGUCUUGGUCAAACGUACCUGGAUGACAAUACAAAGAAGAAGAAUACUCCUAUGCUUUUAGGUUUUACCUUUGCUCUGAGAACAGUCGGACCAGCAAUAGGAUUUUUACUAGGUUACGGUUGUCUCAGUUUGUACAUAGAUCCCAGUUUACAUCCUGUGAUCACAAAGAAGGAUCCACGAUGGUUAGGUGCGUGGUGGCUCGGUUGGAUUAUUCUAGGUGUCACUAUGGGCAUGUUUGCUACACUAAUAGCCAUGUUUCCGCGAAAGUUACCGACAGAAAAAGACACUGCACUCGAAACUGUGAAAAAGGACGGUAGUAUCCCCUUGAAACUGCAUUUGACCGUGCAGGAACAAUACAUGAAACCGAUGGAACCGAGAAAGUCUUUGGAAACAGAGUAUAUUCCAACUAUGCGUGAAUUUCCAAACGCGAUGAAGAGGUUACUGACGAAUUGGCUGUUGACUUUCAAUAAUCUGAGCGGAGUGUUUUACGUGUUAGGUGCAUCGGCAUACAUAACAUUUUUGGCAAAAUAUCUCGAGGUUCAAUACAGUACCUCUGCAGCUGGUGGCACUGUAAUCGCAGGUCCUAUAUCACUCGUGGGUAUGGUACUAGGAUUUUUACUCUCCGGAUUAAUAAUUAGCAAAUUUAAACCUGGUCCAAGACCAUUGUUAGCAUGGAAUGUAUUCGUCGGCAUUUGUUUCGUUGCCGGUCAGAUACUCUUUAUAUUUCUCGGUUGUUCCGAUAUCGGGUUCGAAGGUCUCAAUUUAGAAACUAUGCAAAUGAAUUUGACAUCAAAUUGCAAUAUAGAUUGCAAUUGCGACGGUGUUAAAUAUUCUCCUGUUUGUCACGUGGCGUCCAAGAUAACGUUUUAUUCCGCCUGCCAUGCUGGUUGUCGAACGAUAAUCAACGACAAAGAGUUCGGCAACUGUAGUUGCCUUCCUUUAUCCACGUUCAAUUUAGAAAAUCACUUCGGUUACACGACAGAUGGCGACUCGAGGGAUCAAUCGAUCUUCAUUAGCGAUCCACACUCGAUGAUCUUCGACAAAGUCAGAGCUGGCCCUUGUACCAACGAUUGCAGUCGCCCUUACCUUCUGUUCAUGGUUCUCACCUGUAUCAUACAAACGUUAGCGUGUUCUGGAAAGAUUGGCAACGUUUUGGUUAAUUAUCGUAGCGUCGAAAAGAAGGACAAGAGCUUCGCUCAGGGUAUUACUUUGAUGAUUAUCUCGUUGUUCGCUUUGAUACCGGGUCCGAUCAUUUAUGGCGCCAUUAUUGACUCGACUUGCUUGAUCUGGGAAGAAUCCUGCGGGACUAGGGGAAAUUGCUGGUUCCAUCAUGGAAGGAACUUUCGAUAUUUAGUCAACAUAACCUCUGCAGGAUUCUCGAUAAUAGGAGUGUUGUUCGAUGCAGCGGUUUGUUAUCUCGGGAAGAAUUUGGAUCUUUACGGCGCCCAAGAGUGCGACAGGCGUCGCGAAUUUAUUAAAGAGGACGAGACGCCACGAGAAACUGCCGACGGCGAGAAGAAGAAGGAAAUGAACGGAAAUCUGUAAACCGAGAUACGAUCGUUUUUUAACCGAUCGUUUAUAACGUUUUUUAGAUAACAAUUUUACGUGUUAUUCUUUGUUAUGUAAAUUAAGAGACGGAGCGAAAAAUUUCCGUAUUUGACGAUGGUAUUUAUCGAAUUCGCGCAGGGAUAAAUCUUUGGUAAACUUGAAAUGAAAUAUAUAAUAAAGACAGCCGACCAUGAUUCGAAAGUAAAAUAUCGACAAAUAUUUUUGAUAAUGUUUUUUUAUUUUUAUUUUUUUUUUUUUUUUUCCCCAAUUAAAUCCCAGACUGGGAUAAAAAUAUUUGCACGAUUGUACAGCGUUAUGCAUAUAUAUUUGUAAAUAAAAUACGAAUUUUUAUUAAAUUCUUUUGCUCGUUUUAUGCCGUCUCUUUGAUCAUUGAAAUCGUUGUCGCGGAAACGUAAAAAAAAAAAAAAAAAAAAAAUCGAUUUCUAAGGAAAAUCGCUUCCUUAAAUCUACGGCAAACAGAGUAUAAUACUCGACGAGACGGAAACAUUUGAUCGAAACAUUUGAUAUGAGAACAAACAGGUACGUAUAUAUAUAUUAAAUCGUAAAAAUAUACGUUCCUCCUUUUGUAAGAGUUCCUCGAAAAUCGAGCAUCGCGCCAAACUGAUAUCGACGAUAGAAUUAUGUGUAAUUGAAUAAAUCAUGAAUAAAUCUGACUAACUUCUGGUCUUAA